CCGGCCACGUCACGCGGGUGUUUGUCGUUGUGGUUGAUGGGUGGCUGCUGAGUGGACAGCGCCUCGAUUGCUUCAGAAAGAGAAAAGCUCCCGUGUGAACGAGGCCACUGUGUUCUUUCGGAUCGCUUCGUCUUCUUCAGUUGUCCGAAACCCUAAUUUCUUCUAUUAUAUUGUAUUCUAUUCUAUGUGUUUAUAGAGUUUACAUUUCUGCCCGCGUGAUUGUAACAGUGCGCGGAGUUUACAGGAGAAUCUCGUUUUAUGGAAUGAUAUAAACUAAUAUGGACAAGUUCACUGGAGAAACUAUCUUGGUGGAAGGGAAGCAUGUUGUCGUUGUCCCGAUCGGGUUUUUGACAGAUCAAGUGGUUCCUCUUGGUUCUCGUGUUUUGUUUAGUAAAACCUCCAAGUCUUUGUUUCAAUUUGAGACUUUUGAUGACAAUGGGAUCGCAAAAGCUUCGCCUGGCAUAGAGGAUCCAACGAGCUUUACAAACUUCUCGGCCUCGCCCACCAAUGUUAGAUCGCCCAUAUGUCACAGUGUGAUUCAGUCCCCGUCGCCAGUCACAACCUCUUCUACCACAAGACAUAAUCCUCUAUCAAGCAUUUCGAAGGGAGUUGUGGCUGCAAAACAACACUUGGCUGGAAAGGAAAAUCCCACAGUUGUAAAGAUUUGUGGGAAGGCAAAGUCGGCCAUUUCAUUUCCAUCGAAGUUUGUGGAAAGGCUACCCAUGAAGGCCAAAAUUGGGUUAGCAAAUGAUGCAGGACUUCACUGGGACUUGUCGUGGAGUAGAACGUCAAAAGGAUUUGUAGGCGGUUGGUCCACAUUUGCUCAGGCUCAUGACUUACAAGAAACAGAUGUUUUGGCUUUAGAGAUAUUAAACCCUUAUCUCAUGAAAUAUAACAUUUAUGAAGACAAUGGAGCGGAGAAAAGUUUCUUCCAAGUGGAAGCUAACAAAAAGCAAAAACUAGAAGAAAACUUCUGGAUCUAAAAACAUAAAAACAUCGAUCCGAAUACCGUAUUUCAUGGCACAUAACCUAUCAUGGUGACCUGUAAUUAUCUCAAUGUAUGUUCGAACGUCUAAACUUCAGAUGUGAAAAUGGUAUUAAAGCAUGCUUGUAGGAAGACCUCUCCCUUUCCAAUGCCUGGCAUAUGGAAUGUUUUUAAGAUAUAUUUGUGGGUCAAAACGAAAAGUUGCAACUCUAGGAAACAUAAAUAACUUUAUGUGUCAUUUGGAAUUAUGGGUAGCUUUUAAUUUGGAUAUGAAAUGUAGUGAGGAAAUGAGAAGCUUUUGUGGAAAAAAAUUGUAUGACAUAAUGUUUUCAGUUUUACUAAGAGGCUGAUAAUCA